GCUUGGUUCUUGGCUUCUUGCCCUCGGCACAAGAAACCCCCCUGCUCUCUACUUCGAUAUCUAUUGCUUCUCCGAGCAAUUUCCUUCGUUACUGUCAAAUCUUCGGCCUCUGAGCUUUCAGUCUCUGCUCAUUCUCUUCUUUUCUGAUCACUAUCUAAGGAUCAUGAAGCUUGACACUAGUGGUCUUGAAUCGGCUGCACCGCUCUUUGGAGUGACUAGCGAGCUGGUUGAUGGGUUUUCUACCGUGCCUUCAUUUGAGCUUCCCGUUACUACUGAUUUUGAUGGGUUCCAGAAGGAAGCUAUACAAAUGGUGAAGCCUGCCAAGGGGACAACCACACUCGCUUUCAUUUUUAAGGAGGGUGUCAUGGUUGCUGCUGAUUCUCGAGCUAGCAUGGGAGGCUAUAUUUCAUCACAGUCUGUUAAAAAAAUCAUUGAAAUCAAUCCUUAUAUGCUUGGUACAAUGGCUGGAGGAGCUGCAGACUGCCAGUUUUGGCACAGAAAUCUGGGCAUUAAGUGUCGGCUACAUGAAUUGGCAAACAAGCGUAGAAUUUCAGUUACGGGGGCAUCCAAGCUUCUAGCAAACAUACUGUACUCCUACCGUGGAAUGGGUCUUUCUGUUGGGACCAUGAUUGCUGGAUGGGAUGAAACGGGACCUGGAUUAUAUUAUGUGGACAGUGAAGGAGGGAGGCUGAAAGGAACAAGAUUCUCCGUUGGAUCUGGUUCCCCAUAUGCUUAUGGUGUACUAGAUAGUGGGUAUCGAUAUGAUUUGUCAAUUGAAGAAGCUGCAGAGUUGGCUAGAAGGGCUAUUUAUCAUGCUACAUUCCGAGAUGGAGCCAGUGGUGGAGUUGCUAGCGUUUAUCAUGUGGGACCAAAUGGAUGGAAGAAGCUGUCUGGUGAUGAUGUUGGUGAACUCCACUACAAAUACUAUCCAGUUAUGCCCAGUACAGUGGAACAGGAGAUGGUUGAAGUAGCAGGGGCAUGAGAAUACUUGCUCAGGUUGGACACUUGCCCCCUCAGCCCCCCGCCCUUACAUGAUGUCUGAUUCAGAUGGCCUGCAGUCCAUCUUAUGUAUCUGAAACUGCUAACUAUUGGUGUUCUUUAGUUGAUUCCUGUGGAACAAUUCAUGGGUUGAUGUGGCUUGUUGUCAAUGCCUUGAGAGUAUUAUUUGCUAUUAUCUUCCCAUUAUACAAUUCCGUUUCUCUUGACCAUUUUAAGGAAAAAAAGGAAAAGAAAAAAGGGUUUUUGCAGUAA